CUAAUUAAAAAAAAAAUGCUUUUACCAUUUUCAGGGAAAAACAUAUCAAAAAACUAUCAAUCAGUGAUGUGAAAAUCAUUUGUUUACACAAAACAGUACUGACAUCAAAAUGUCUGAUGCUGAGACUACGAAGCAUAGCUAUAUGAAAGCCGCAUCAGAGCAAGGUAAAGAAAUAAACAAAGAAAUACUAUUCUUGAUCAAUCGUGCUGAUGCAGAAGAUAGCAUUCAUUCUAUUUGCAUUGAAAGUGGUUUUAACCUUCGACUUCAUGGCAACAAAAGAAAUGAAAGAAAUGAAAUGUAUAGAGAAAAAGUGAACGAUGAGGAAGUUCAAGUUCUAUAUUUGACGUUAAAAACAAACACUUUUAUUACGGGACUUGAUCUUGGUUAUAAUGUGAUAACAGAUGAUGGUGCUGCAACGUUAGGAAAUCUGUUGCAGGAAACCUAUGCUUUGCAGUUGUUGAUAUUAAGUUACAAUGACUUUGGUGUGAAGGGAACAACAGAGAUUGCAAAAGGAUUGCAGAUGAAUGAGACGCUAAAAGUGUUAAAACUGGAUGGUAACAAGUGUGGAGUAUAUGGCGGAAUGGCUAUCGCUGGUGCUUUGCAAGUCAACAUGACAUUAGAAGAGUUAAAUCUAAAUAACACGGAACAGGGAACACAGUCAAUUGUUGCUUUUACGACAGUACUGAAAGCGAAUGGUUCGCUUAAGUGUUUGGAUUUGGGAAGACCUCUGUUACAUUCCCAACAGGAAGAAACCACCGUUCACGUUGCCAAAAUGCUUGAGGUUAACAUUAGAAUCAAUGAAAUCCACUUAAGCAAACAUGGCAUGGUAAAUUUUGGAGCUGAAAGACUAAUGGAACACAUUGCUAAUAACAUUGCUUUGUUGCAUCUUGAUUUGAGUUGCAAUCGAAUCUCAAGGGACGGCAUUAAAUGUAUAGCCAAAUAUCUCAAAGGGAAUCCACCAUUGCAAAUAUUAAAUAUAGCAUACAACAGAGCUGAGGACGAUGGUGCUUUAUACCUGAGUGAUGCGCUAGCUUCUGGAAACUUUUCCUUGUUAACAUUGGUACUUUGCAGUAACACUUUGACAGACAAGGGCUUAUGUGCUUUAGCUAAAUCUCUUUAUUUGAAUGCUACGCUGAGGCAGUUGUAUAUAUGGGGUAACAGUAUCGAAGCCGCGGCUAGUCAAGCUUUCUUGGAGCUGACACAGGGUGUUGUACCACGCCUUGAUGUUGGAGAUACAGAUGUGAGGGCGUAUGUUGUCGAUGAUGUUCCUUAUUUAGCUAGGGUAGCGAGUCCUUACUAACCUCAGUUGUUUU